CUGAGCGGCUCUCAGUCGCUCCGCCGUCAGAGCGCGCGCUCUACCGCCACCGGAAUAACACUUUCAUCUGUAUUAUUAUAUAGUUUACAAUUUUAGAAUUAUGAUAUAGUUUACAUUUUUAGCCCAUUAUGUUCCGACAUACUUUCCUAUGCUGUGGAUCCACGCGUUGAGAAAAUCAUGGCUUCCCUUCUCCUUUGCUGUGUCGCUCCGUAACCCCCAGACCUCCUAGAGCCCAGCGAUCCGAGCGCAGCAGCCUACUUCACCAUGGCGGGCGGGGUCGCGGCAUGGCUGCCGUUCGCCCGGGCGGCCGCCAUCGGUUGGAUCCCCGUGGCCAGCACGCCGCUGCCCACUCCCACCAACGACAAACUCCGGACGCACGACCGCCUCAUCGUGCUCAACGUCAGCGGCACCCGGUUCCAGACGUGGCGCAACACGCUGGAGCGCUACCCCGACACCCUGCUGGGCAGCUCGGAGCGCGACUUCUUCUUCCACGACGAGAACAAGGAGUACUUCUUCGACCGCGACCCCGCUAUCUUCCGGCACAUCCUCAACUUCUACCGCACUGGAAAACUGCACUACCCGCGGCAGGAGUGCAUCUCGGCCUACGACGAGGAGCUGGCCUUCUUCGGGAUCAUCCCCGAGAUCAUCGGCGACUGCUGCUACGAGGAGUACAAGGACCGCCGGCGGGAGAACCAGGAACGCAUCCAGGACGACGAGGAGAGCGACCAGACCAAUGAGGCGGUCCCGCUGGACAUGAGCUACCGGGAGCGCAUGUGGCGCGCCUUCGAGAACCCGCACACCUCCACCAAGGCGCUGGUCUUCUACUACGUCACGGGCUUCUUCAUCGCCGUGUCGGUGCUGGCCAACGUGGUGGAGACGGUGCCGUGCGCCAGCGCCCAGCGCCGGUCGAAGGAUGUGGCGUGCGGCGAGCGCUACGCCCUGGCCUUCUUCUGCCUGGACACGGCGUGCGUGAUGAUCUUCACCGUGGAGUACCUCCUGCGACUGGUGGCGGCGCCCAGCCGCUGGCGCUUCGUGAAGAGCGUGAUGAGCGUGAUCGACGUGGUGGCCAUCAUGCCCUACUACAUCGGCCUGGUCAUGUCGGACAACGAGGACGUGAGCGGCGCCUUCGUCACCCUCCGGGUGUUCCGCGUAUUCCGCAUCUUCAAGUUCUCCCGCCACUCGGCCGGCCUGCGCAUCCUUGGCUACACACUGAAGAGCUGCGCCUCCGAGCUGGGCUUCUUGCUCUUCUCGCUCACCAUGGCCAUCAUCAUCUUCGCCACCAUCAUGUUCUACGCCGAGAAGGGCUCGACCGCCAGCAAGUUCACCAGCAUCCCCGCCGCCUUCUGGUACACCAUCGUCACCAUGACGACCCUGGGGUACGGGGACAUGGUUCCUAAGACGGUGAUCGGUAAGCUGGUGGGCUCGGUCUGCUCGCUCAGCGGCGUCCUGGUCAUCGCCCUCCCGGUCCCGGUCAUCGUGUCCAACUUCAGUCGCAUCUACCACCAGAGCCAGCGCGCCGAGAAGAGGCGGGCCCAGAAGGCGUCCAAGGAGGCGGGCCAGGCUCUGGUCAGCAACGUCAACCCCGCCCUGGAGGUGCAGCGCCUCCACCUGCUGCACUGCCUGGAGCAGGCCACGAACCACCGCUUUGUGGAGCGGCCGUGCGAUGGCGGCAGCGGCCUGGAGAUGGACCUGGUGAAGCAGGGGUCUCCGUCCUCGCUCUCCUCCGGCUCCCCGGGGGGCUACACCUCCUGCUGCUCCCGGAGGAGCCGCGCCCCCCUGGGCCUGCGGGGCUCCUCCCUGCCCUCCCUGCAGGAGCUGAGCACCAUCCGCAUCGCCGACAGACCCUCCUCCAACAGCCGCUCCAGUCUGAACGCUCCGUUCCAGGAGACGGUUCCUCUGACCUGUGGCGAGGAACCCGCCACGCCACAGGCCACGCCCCAGGCCUCGCCCCGGGCCCCGCCCCACGGCUGCCCCCUGGACAGCGUGGUCCGGGUGUCGGCGCUCUGAGGCCCACCCUACCCGACACAAGAAGACCCACGUUCCCUGCGCAGAGACGUGACCACGCCCCUUUGCUGCUCGCGGACCUUAGAGCGAGCGCGGGGGCGUCGCCCGUCUCUGCGGAGGAACGCGGGGAGUGACCGCUGAUUGGUCGCGCACGGCACAGGCCUUCAUCUGUGACGAAGGGUUUAGUUUUGUUUUUGGACUGCAGGACCCCACGUGGACAUAAAGUCUGCCCCCCGUGGACCCCGAACAGUGGUCCGAUGGUCGAGAAGCGCCCGCCGCUCCUCAGCGGGACGUUGGAACGCUCUCAACGCCUCGUCCACGGGGCGGGACGGUGAGGCACCGGGGCACGUAGCGGUGAAUCGAGCUGAAGAACGCUGCUGCAGAGAUAACACCACACUAGGGCUCUGGUGAGGAGAGAGAGGACUCUACUGCCCCCAGUGAGACACCAGGGGGCAGCACAGAGAGGACUCUACUGCCCCCGCUGAGACACCAGGGGGCAGAAGGGAGAGGACUCUACUGCCCCCAGUGAGACACCAGGGGGCAGCAGAGAGAGGACUCUACUGCCCCCAGUGAGACACCAGGGGGCAGAAGGGAGAGGACUCUACUGCCCCCAGUGAGACACCAGGGGGCAGCACAGAGAGGACUCUACUGCC